UGUUCUUCACGGUCGUCUGUUUUCGUCUGCAUUUGCUUGGUUUUGCUCCACCUCGAGAACGAGACCAAGUCUCUCUGUCUCUUUGUUAGAUUUCUGAAGUUGGUUUCAUAUCGGGAUAAGAUAUUAGAGGCUGAGAAGGUGAGAGUUGGUGGAGAAUUAAGCAGAAGAGGGUGUUUUGAGGUAAAUUUUGGCAGGUGGGGAGGGUGUCAAGUCUGAUGUCUUGUGGGGGAGAGGGGAAGCAAUGGACUUGUGGAAAACCUGGGGCAGUGAAUUUGCAAAAAGUGAGUUCUAUAGUACGCGAUAUUGGCGAGCCUUGUCUUUCUCAAUCGCCUAUAAAGGUAAACAAAAUGCUUAAGCCAGAAAAGUGGCAGGCAAGUUUUGAUAGUGAGGGGAAGGUUUCUGGUUUCCAGAAAGUGCUCAAAUUGAUUGGUUUGGGGGGUGUGCAUCCAUCUAUAAGGCCGGAAGUUUGGGAAUUUCUUCUUGGAUGUUAUGGCUUGAGCAGUACUGCAGAGUAUCGGAAACAGCUUAGGACAGCCAGGAGGGAACGUUACAAUGACCUGCUUAAGCAAUGCCAAAUGAUGCAUUCGAGCAUAGGAACUGGUUUACUUGCAUAUGUGGUGGGUUCAAAAGUUAUGGAUAUGAGAACAUCCUCCAAACAAGAGGAGGGAAAGGAAGCCAAAGUUGAAAAUAGACAAGCUUCCACCAGUAGUACUAACAAAUUAGAUAGUAAACAUGAUUGGAAUAAUAACUGUACAGAUACUUCAUACACACACCAAAGAGAAAGUUCUAGUGAUUCAGCUGACCUUGUUAGUGGAAGGGAAAGCCCUGACAGUGCAGCAUAUGACUCUUCUGUACCUAAUUCUGGUCCGCUUGACUGCACUUCACCUGCAGAGUACGAGUCUUCCUUAAAUAAUUCUGGUCCACUCGACUCUGCUUACAUUGGAGGGGUUGAAGGAUCACAGUAUGCAACAGAAACUUAUUUUGAUUUUCCUCCUUUACCAGUCACAGAUUUGUUUGGGAAGAGUGAAGAAGACGAGAAAGAGUAUGCUAUGAGUGAUUACAAACCUUCUGCACAGCUUAAAAUGAGAUUUGAGGAUGACAGAAUGCAUAGUUUUCGAAUUAAUAACAAUGCUGAUUUAAUUAUGGAAUCAAGUGGAUCGCCAUCAAACAAUGUAAUGUCUAAGGUUGGCUCUGAAAUUGAAAUGAUUUGUCCUGAUCCCAGUGAAACAUUUUUGCGUUCCAGUUUUAAAACAGAAAUAGUUAAUGGUUUAAGGAUAUCGGAUGCUCCAGAAACGCCAUUUAUAAAGACAGCUGCAUCCCAAGGUGGGACUGUCAGUGAGGACCGAGUUUCGGAAUGGCUUUGGACUUUGCACCGAAUAGUUGUUGAUGUGGUAAGAACAGAUUGUCACCUUGAAUUCUAUGAGGAUACAAGAAAUUUGGCUAGGAUGUCUGAUAUCCUUGCCAUUUAUGCGUGGGUUGACCCUGGAACUGGUUAUUGUCAAGGUAUGAGUGAUUUGCUGUCUCCUUUUGUGGUUCUUUUUGAGGAUGAUGCUGAUGCAUUUUGGUGCUUUGAAAUGCUCAUUAGGAGAACGCGUGCAAAUUUUCAAAUGGAAGGACCAACUGGAGUGAUGAAGCAACUACAAACUUUAUGGCACAUAUUGCAACUGACAGAUAGAGAAAUGUUUUCUCACCUGUCACAAAUAGGUGCUGAAAGCCUCCAUUUUGCAUUCCGGAUGCUCUUGGUACUCUUCCGUCGGGAAUUGUCUUUUAAUGAUGCCCUCCGGAUGUGGGAGAUGAUAUGGGCUGCUGAUUUUGAUGAAUCUCUGGCCACCACUUUAGAGGAGAACUGUUUAGAACCCUUGGUUAUUCAGCUUCCUAAAGAUUCUGCAGCUGACCUGAGAGAUGAAAACACAGAAGAUGGAAAUGGCAGCUUAAAGGUUGGCUCACAAUCAAAAAAUGGAAAUGGAGAGCGUAUUACAUCUGAUAGUACUGGAAUUAAAUCAGCAUCAAGCUAUCCCUUCUGUGGUUUGACAAGGAGUUUGUGGUCUAGAAAUGAUCGGCUGCAGGUUUCUACAGUAGUCUCAUCGUCUAGAAAAGGGGAUGAUGAGUUACCUGUAUUUUGUGUGGCAGCAAUUCUGAUUAUGAACCGUCACAAGAUCAUCAAAGAGACCCGAUCAAUUGAUGAUAUGAUAAAGAUUUUCAAUGAUAAGCAGCUGAAAAUUCGUGUCAAAAGAUGUGUACACACAGCUAUCAAACUUCGGAAGAAAUACUGUUACAAGGUAAUGAAGAGUAAGAGCCAGAACCAGAGUCAGAGCCAGAGCGAGAACCAGAGUGAUAAUCAAAGCCAGAGUGAGGACCAAGGCCAGAGCCAAACCCAUGCCCAAAACCAGAGUCAAACCCAGAGUCUGAGUCAGAGCCAGUGCCAGAGCCAAACCCAGAGCCAGCGCCAGAGCCCUUCAACUCAAAACAGUGAUUAAGGCAGUGCCAUUUUUCCUAUGAAUGUCUAUCACAGACGCACACUAUGAUGCUGAAGAACAGAUAUGACGCUUAGAGCUUGUAUUUAUAGUCAAGGAUUCCUAGUUUCACAAUGGUGUUAAAAUUUCUGUUAAUUAUAUCAUCUAUGAUGGAGGAAGCAAAAGUGCUUUUGCCUUUCGAAGUUCCUUCCUGUGGUCUGUGCUCCAUCAUCUGUUACAUCUUUCUAAGCAUUUUAAAAGAUUGAAGAGUGGGAAGAAUUCUGGUGUUUUGUUCACCUCGAUCUGAUCACUAGCUGUCAUGGAUGCCCGCCACAGGUUAGGCAAAUGUUAUUUGUCCCUUUCCCCUUAUGUAAUUUGCCUUCAUAUAGGUUGAGCAAAUUAUGUAUCAAAAUUUUGAUCGCUUAUCUUUGUGUAUGCAAACUCAGAGAAGUACUGUAAGUCAGAUGUUAUUGGAUAGAUUUAGAAUUUUUUGUCAUUACUUGUGAUAUUGAGGUCAUAAUAGAAAAAAAUUUUACAGAAUUUUAUUUGGCGGAGGAAA